GAUUAUGUCAUGGCGGGUUAGAUGUUUUCGGCAGUUAAAUAAAUGGAAUUUGUUUUGAAUUACGCCGUCAAUGAUCUCGUUGCAACCGCUGUUGAUUAAUACAAAUCAUAUUUAUAUAAUCGUAAUCCUCUCUUAAUCUAUUCAAAUGCUGAAGCAAUUGCAAAUGGGCCUUCGCACGUUUAUGCUUAUCGCGUCUAAAGUAUGGAGUUGUUUUUGUUAUAUGUUUAAGAAGCAAUAUCGAGCGUUGGCGCAGUACCAAUCUGUCAAGUAUGAAAUUUAUCCGCUUUCCCCGGUAUCUAGACACAGGCUGAGUUUAGUGAAAAGGAAAAUGUUGGUACUAGACCUAGAUGAGACGUUAAUCCACUCGCAUCAUGACGCAAUGCUGAGGCCGACAGUGAAGCCAGGCACGCCGCCAGACUUCGUGCUCAAGGUCACGAUCGACAAGCACCCCGUCAGGUUCUUCGUACACAAGCGGCCGCAUGUCGACUACUUUUUGGAUAUAGUAUCACAAUGGUAUGAAUUGGUGGUAUUCACCGCUUCAAUGGAGAUAUAUGGCGCUGCCGUCGCCGACAAGCUAGACAACGGACGGGGUAUACUGCGCAGGAGGUUUUAUAGACAACACUGUACCGCGGAGCACGGUUCAUACACAAAAAACCUGUCGUCAAUAUGUGACGACCUAAACAGGGUCUUCAUACUGGACAACUCUCCCGGGGCGUACCGGGACUUUCCAGACAAUGCAAUACCAAUAAAGUCGUGGUUCUCGGACCCGCUGGACGUGGCGCUGCUGAACCUGCUGCCGGUGCUGGACGCGCUGCGGUUCACGCACGACGUGCGCUCCGUGCUCUCCAGGAACCUACACCUGCACCGUCUCUGGUAGCCGCCGGUGAAAAUGGGCUUUUGUACAAAUGAGGGGUGCCCCGGCCUCCCGGAGUUAUUUAUUUCAGAACAUUAAGUCGUUAUACAUAUGAAUAUAGUUAAUGGUUUUUAAGUUGUACUGUAAAGUGUUGCGCGUGGUCAACGCGUACUGUGAGUUACCUACGUGCGGUAGGGUGUUCCUGACGUUUCUGAAACGCUUCGACUUAUAUUAAUUAUGGCAACACUUUGCGUCCAAACGGUGUUCACUUGACGUAUGCGUGUGACUUUGAGUUUCCGAUUUUUAUGAUUCUUUUUUUUCUUUGACUUGGAUAUAUUAAUGUGUGAUGCUGCCAUGUAUUAACGUGUAUGGUUCCGUGUAAAUUUGAUAAAUAAUGCAUGUAUUAUAAAGUAUUGAUAACCCGACUUCGCACGGGUUUACAUGUAUUAUAUAUAUAAAUUUUCCUCUUGAAAGUCUGUAUCUAUAGCUGAAAACUGCAUUAAAAUCCGUUGUGUAGUUUAAAAGAUCUAAGCGAACAAACUGCGGGAGCGAUUUCAUUUUAUACUAGGUAAAGAUUUCGAUUUUCUGUAGGUGUGCAAUAUUUUAUUAAUUCACAAAUGUUAGAAUCAAUAGCAAUGUGGGUGUACAUAGAAAUUUAUUUAAAAAUGAAUCAUAAAAAUCGGAAUAAGAUGUAAAGAUUUUUAGAGUGGUUGUUAAUUUCUACAGCGUCUGUUUGGAUGCAUAGUGAAAGCCAAUCUUUAUAAAAAUUAUGACGUGGCCUCUCUGAGUGAUCAUAACAUUAACAAGUUACCGGUUGUCAUGGUAACAUUGACCUUAUAACCAACUACAAGGGUUCAUAAUAGAAAUUGUAAUUUUUAAGUAACGCUAAUCUACAAUUCGUAGACCAUAAUAUUCCGAAUUUCGCUAAUAAUUAGCGUUUUUUGUUUGUGGUAUUCCAAACUGUGUUCUAUGAAUUCUGAAUUAAGUAUUAUAUUGGAAUAUCACCUGUAGGUAGUAGACAGUAUGAUAUAUAAACGAUGAUCACUAUAUACUUUAAUGUGUAUGUUCAAAAAUAUACUUUAUUUCAAUACGAACAAAGUUACUUUUAGCUAAUGAAAAUUGUAUUAUUCUUCAUUGGUGUUUUAAUAUAUAUUGAUGUUCAAAAACAUACUUUAUUUCAAUAUGUACAAAGUUGCUUUUAAGAUAACUGAUCAAAAUAUUCUAUUUUUUUUAACUUGUAACUGUAUUAAUGAUUACAGUUCAAUGUCUAGUUGUUUAAAUGUCUAUUAAAGGAAUCACCGUAAUUUACCGUCGAAGGUAGUUAGGAAAAUUGAAGAAAAAAAAAUAUAUACAAAUCAAAAUAUCAUUAUCCAUGUAGGUCUAUUACAGACUCUUAUGAUAUAUCAAAUCUACUGUCAGUUCGGAAUGAUUUCGAGAUGAGAAGAACUGACAAGAAACUCAGCUCGUAUCCUUUUCAAAUAUGGUUGUACAUGUUUACAAUUAUCUAUAAUAUAAAUAAGAUGUUGAGUCACACUUCUUCAUUUAUGCACAAUAGGACUUUCAAA